ACCCUUCUUAUUCAGGGAUGAUGAUGGUAUGCAUCGGAGUCAUCAUUCUGCAUGGCUCCCGCAACUCGUGGUUAAGGGCCUCUGGUGUAUCGCGGAUACCUGGAGUGUUGCCGCUUGUCAUCGCUGGGGGCGCCGCGUGUGCAGUAGUGAAUGCAGCGUUGUUCAGAAGAAUGAAGAGAGAAGAUAAAAUGAUGCAUUCAGCCUUCAGAGAAGAGUGGGAGGCAUGGGCGAGAAAAGUGAAGUAUCUGAUAAUACCUGGUGUAUACUGA